AUGUCGCUCCCUGAACCAUACUACAACGACGAUCCCAAGUCGUUUGCCUACCCUACGGUGCACAAGAGAUGGCCCACCAUCAUCGAAGGUGCUAUCAGAGACACUGAAGUCGCUGCUUCGGACUCGCACAAGCAAUCUGGCGAAGCAAUUCUUGCCAGCUUAAACACGUUGCUUUCUGACUUCAAAAACGACGCUGUGGUUGCUCCUUUUACAGAGGAGCAGAUUGCUCUCAACGACGACUUGGUCCACUAUAACAAUUCCCUUGAGUCAUUGAACAAGAAGAAGAAGGUCACUUGGCAAACGGGCCCAUGGCUUUAUUUGGAAUGCUACCUCUACCAGGCAAUCAACAACUUCUUCAUUUCGUCCAAAGACACUUUCUGGAACACAUUUGAUGUAUUUGAACAAUUGAAGAACAACACCUUCAAGCAGUCGGAAUUGGGCGUCUUAGAACUCUGUCGGCGCUACCAGAUAUUGAACCACCAGAUUGUUCAGAGUGAUUCCAUUGACAGUGACACCUUGUUGGAGUUGUUUAGAGAGUUUAUCGAUAUCUCAUUGUGGGGAAAUGCGACAGAUUUGAGUUUAUUGGCCGGGAACGUCACGCUCGAAGACAUCAAGUCGGUCCAAGGCGCUGAAGUAAGAAAGAAGAACGAAGAGAAUAUCUUGGUGAACGACACAGAAACAGCCUGGAACCAAUUGACUUCGUCCGGCACUUCUUCAAGAAUUGACAUCGUCUUGGACAAUUCCGGUUUUGAGUUGUUUGCCGAUUUGGUGUUUGCCUUGUUUGUUCUCGAUUCCAAGAUCGUGAAGGAGAUCCAUUUGCACUGUAAAGAAAUCGCAUGGUUUGUCAGUGACACAAUGCCCAAGGAUUUCGACAAUUUGCUUUCGCAAUUGAAGGAUUCUCAAUUCUACCCUAACAUCCAUGCCAAUGCCCAGGAUAAAGAAGCGUUGUUGUUUUUGAGCCAACAGCUUGAAAAAUACGUAGCCAAUAAGCAAAUCAUAAUUGAUUCUCACCGUUUCUGGACCUUAGACUACAACUUCUGGUACAUUCCACAGUUCCAGGACUUGUACGAGAAGUUGUCGAAAUCAGAUCUCAUCAUCUUUAAGGGAGACUUGAACUAUCGAAAGUUGACCGGUGACUUGCAAUGGGAUAAAACGACUCCGUUUGAGACAGCGAUUCAGGAUUUGAGUCUGGCUUCGUUGCCUAUUCUCAGUUUGAGAACUUGCAAGGCUGAUGUCGUUGUAGGAUUGCCUUCUGGAGUCAACGAGACUUUAAUUGAGAAGUACUUGGCUCAGGGUAAUGAGAUUGGUGAAUUCUGGAGUUCUUCUGGAAAAUGGGCUGUUAUUUCGUUUAACGAUGGUAAGAAGUGA